AUGGCCGGAUAUAUUUUGUCAUCAAAGCCAGAACUGGCCCUGCCCUCCGAUCAAGAUAGCCGAUCUCCCGCGAGAGGAGGCAAGGGCUGGAGGCAGAGGUGGAGUUGGAGUUGGGGUUGGAGGCAACGGUCUGAACUGGAGGGGCCCAGGGAAGCUCAUCACACCGCCUAUCUGGUAUGUUAUCAGGCCUUGUCAGGCCUCACUUUGUACUCAGGCCGUAACUCACCGUUCGACACCCGCGCUAGAACCGGUACCGAUGGCGUAACCUGGUGUGCUGGUGUCGGGGGGGGGCGGAGCUCUGGGAAAAAGAAGCUCCCUGACUUGACGGAUUUGGGUCCAGCCGUGGACAGUGGUUUUCCGGCUCCGGCAGGAGAUAACAACGUUCAAAUGAGUCGGAAGUGA